AUGGGUGCCGGACAGUCGUCAACGAGCGGUGCUCAGAAAGCAGCCCCUGAGGCACAGAAGACGGGCUACUACACCCUCCUCGGAAUCGAACGUGAUGCAACCGAGGACGAGAUCAAANAGGCCUACCGUCGCAAGGCUCUCGAGCUACACCCUGAUCGUAACUACGGAAACGUCGAGUCUGCCACCGCAUUGUUCGCCGAAGUCCAAUCCGCCUACGAAGUCCUCUCGGAUCCGCAAGAAAGAGCUUGGUACGACUCUCACGAGACUCAGAUUCUGCGAGGAGAUGACCCUACUACUGGAGGCGCAGGCGCUGGCGAGUACGAAUAUGGCAAUGUCAAGAUGACCAGUGCCGAAGAUCUGGCUCGCAUGCUUCGAAAGUUCAACAGCGGCGUCGAGUUCACUGAUGCUCCCUCAGGCUUCUUUGGCUUCCUUCGCGAGACCUUUGACCAGCUAGCGAAAGAAGAGGAGGCUGCUGCUCACUGGGAGGGUCUUGAUCUGCCUGACUACCCGUCUUUCGGCCACAAAGACGACGCAUACGAAGAUGUGCCCAAGUCCUUCUAUGCCGUCUGGCUGUCCUUCAGCACCCGCAAGUCCUUCGCCUGGUGCGACAAGUACCGUCUCUCUGAAGCCCCCGACCGCCGCUACCGCAGAUUGAUGGAGAAGGAAAAUCAGCGUUUCCGUGAACAGGGCAUCCGCGAGUUCAACGAAUCCGUCCGCGCUCUCGUCGCAUUCGUCCGCAAGCGCGAUCCACGCUACAUACCGAACACCUUGACCGAAGCCGAGCGCCAAAAGGUUCUCCGAGAUGCUGCCGCUGCCCAGGCUGCACGAGCAAGAGCCGCCAACCAGGUCAAUACAGAAGACUCUGCCAUUCCCGAGUGGGCGCAGACAAUCACAAAAGACGAGAAUGAAGGCGUCAUUGGCGAGAGCGAGUCAGAAAUCGAGGAAGUCUUCGAGUGUGUCGCAUGCAAGAAGACCUUCAAAAGUGAGAAACAAUGGGACGCACACGAGAAGAGUAAGAAACACCAAAAGGCUGUUCAGGCAUUGAGGAAGAAGAUGCAGAAGGAGAACGCAAACUUGAAUUUGGAUAGUGAACCAACAAGCGGAGAUGCCACACCACUAGAUGUCGAAGACUACAAACCACCACCGGAGGACCAAUACCCCAUGAUGGAAGAUGAGCCUCUAUCAGAAAAUCAGUACCCAAUCAUGGAUGAUGACGCGGCAGCGAACAUGAAUAAUCUCACGUUGCACGCCGACACUUCUGAGUCUGGUGAUGAGGGAGACACACGUUCCAUCAAAACCACAGAAGCCAGCGAACAGCCGACAGAGCAGACUGCAGAUACCACUGACUCCUCAGACGACGAAUACGCCCCUGCCUCACAAGUGAAAGCCCGCCUCGGUCACGAACCUCCUUCGAGACCAGAUGUUGAACCGACUCUGGUUGGAGAUUCAGAAACAGACACGACACAAUCAACGCAAGCACCGAAGAAGNGGCAAGGCUGCUCAGAAGCGAGCAAGAGGGCCGCCGCUGCCGCAGCUGUGUCCGCAGAGCAGGAAGAGAGCAAAUUCAAAUGUGCAACCUGCGACGCCAUGUUCCCGUCCAAAACCAGACUUCACCAGCAUAUCAAGGAUCUCAAGCAUGCUGCUCUCAAGAGUGUGGCUUCUGUUGGAGGUACAAAAGGCAAGAAAAGCAAGAGAUAG